AUGGCGGCUUUGAAGGAACUUCGCCGACUCCGCGACGAGGAGAGAACUCUUGUGAACAUCGCAUCAAAAGUCAGCGACCAACUAAAUCGAUUGAAGGUUGAAGAGCUUGCCCUUGUGAGUAUGAUACGACAGAAUGCAAAUCAGACACAGACUGUAGAGGGGGAAAGGAAACAAGACAACAAAGACAGCUGUCCUGUCCCACAGCAGACUGUACUGAAGGUCGAGAUGGACAUGAGUGAGAUGAAUGAGAAUAAAACCUCUGAGUUAUUGCCCUUGGAUCUUGCUGUUAAGCCCCCAGGAGGACCACAGUUUGAUGAAGAGGAAGAGGAGGAAGAUGAUGUGUAGCGUAUACUCAGUAUCUCCAUCACUGACCACUGGUCAAGAAAAAAGAUCAGUAGUGAAGAGGCUACACAUGGAGCAAAUCUGUCAUAUUUAUGUCAGAAUCACAGAACUUUGGUACAAGUUUACAGGACUAGACUGUGAAUUAAGUUUCUGUGUAAGGUCAGAGAUAUUGGUUCUUAUAUUGAGUCAACAAAGCCUGUGCUAGAUACAUAUCUAGAUCUGAGUAGCAUUUGUCAGGGAACCUCGACAGUUAAAAUAGUUUUGGUCGCCAUAGAUACAUGCCAAAUCAUCCAUAGCAACAAUCAGGGACACUGAUGGCUAGAAAGAUGUACCAGGUAGUUGGUCAUUAUAGACAUGUGCGAAGACUUUAUUAACGUGGGUCAAGGACACCCAGACAAAGCUGUAUCUAGUCACCAUAGAUACGUACUAAGAUGUUAGUAAUGUUUGUCAUGGACACUGACACCCAGACAAAGAUGUACCUAGUCACCAUAGAUACAUACUAAGAUGUUAGUAAUGUUUGUCAUGGACACUGACACCCAGACAAAAGUCACCAUAGGUACGUACUAAGAUGUUAGUAAUGUUUGUCAUGGACACUGACACCCAGACAAAGAUGUACCUAGUCACCAUAGAUACAUACUAAGAUGUUAGUAAUGUUUGUCAUGGACACUGACACCCAGACAAAAGUCACCAUAGGUACGUACUAAGAUGUUAGUAAUGUUUGUCAUGGACACUGACACCGAGACAAAGAUGUACCUAGUCACUGUAGACAUGUGAUAUGUUAUUAACAUCUACCAGCAAUGCCAACACUCUGAUAACUUUUUAUGGAAGGUUUUGGUGGCCUUCACAAAACGCCUAGUUGGAUUCUGGUGUGCGAAAAGUUUCUGAGGUCUAAAAUAGGAAACCCAUCUGGACUUACAUCUGUUGGCAAUGUGCAAAUCCAACCAUUUUGUGGUGAGCCAUGUUUUGUGGUGAGCAUCUGUUUGUGGUGAGCCUCAUUUUGUUGUGAGCCUUUUUUUGUGGUGAGCCUUUUUUUGUGAUGAGCCUUGUUUUGUGGUGAGCCUUUUUUGUGGUGAGUCAUAUUUUGUGGUGAGCCUCAUUUUGUGGUGAGCCUCCAGAGAAAACAUGAAGUAUCUGUAUAAGAUACUGUUGGUAAAUUGAUUUUUAAAAUGUUGAAAUUUUAAAGAAAAAAAUGAUUCAACUGCUCAAGUUAAUCAAAAUGCAUAAUAAAAAAUGAAGUUGUACAUGAUAACACUUCUAAAAGUAAAAAUCAUAUUGUUGUUAAAGUUGAUGAUACAAAAUAGAGUAUAAUAAUUCAGCUUUCUGUUUUAUUUGUCCACAAAAUUAUUCAGACUUGCUUUCUGUUUUGAUAUUGUUGGUGACUAAAAAUAUUAAGACAAAGUUUUUUUCUAAAUUCUUUUAAUUCUUCAGGUAAGAUUCAAAUUUUUGAAUUUUUUCUAGGGGUACUUUCUCUACAGUUUUGCCCAUAGGAUGGCUGACAAUAAACCUGCUUUCCCAUUUCUCAUCUUA